UCCCUCAUGCCUCCACAGGACACCUCACUAUGAGCCUCACACACCUGACGGCAGGUACGAGUUGGGUUUUGAAGUAAGUGACGUCAGCCAGGGACAGACAGGUGUGACGGCCAAUGUGACGGUACUGGUGACGUCACUCACUCCCCGUCACCUCGCCCACGUUACGCCCGUCACUCUCGCCGCCCACCCACACCAGGUCGUAACUCAGGAUCAGGGAGCACAGGAAGGAGAGUCCUCUAUCCUCAACCGACUAGUAGAGGCGGCUAGGAGGUGGAUAGAAAAGGCUGGAGUGGAUAGCGUAGAUAAGGACAGCGUGGGCGUGGAGGUGGUGACCGUGGAGGAGUUUGGGAAGGACACGGACAUGCCCAUCACCCGUGUCUGGUUGACGUCCUUAGGAGCAUCCAACCUGAAUCAUGUCCUGUUGUACCAUAGGGAAGAGCUGGGUCUCAUGCUGGGCGUUACUGUGCAGGAUGUGGGCGUCGGGACGUGUGCAGAGGCCGCCCACGACACCCACGAAGCCGCCCGCAACACCCAUAGACCUGCUCACACCACUCAGAGGAACACCCACACCACCACCCACAAGACCACCCACACUACCCAUCAGUCCGCCCACCAGAGCACGCGGUGUGUUGGUGGUUGUAGGGCAUGGGCAGUACUGGGUGAUGGGUUUAGUGUGGUAGAUGCCAAAGCGUGGGCGGUAGUGGGUCCUAGGAUGGGUGUGGAAACUAAGUGUGGGUGUGGGAACCUUCCGCCCCCCGCCUACGCCCACACCUGUACACCCCAAACCUGUCUUAAUGGAGGCCGAUGUCUGCCCACACCUACAGGCACCAGGUGUGUGUGUCCUCAUGGCACCUGGGGGUUUCGCUGUAAGAUCCUGAUGCGACACUUCGAGGGAUCCAGCGAGGUGGUGAAGGACUCUCGAGACGCCGCCGCCUCUAGCGUCCCUCGCGAUCAUGUAGUGGGCGGGGGUAAUCCUGUGGGCGGGUGGGCGUGGGUGGCCUCAAUCCCUGCCUGCCCUGAGGUCCACAUUAGCUUGGAGAUACUCACGACCUCUGAGAAUGCUACUUUACUCUACUCUGGGCCUGAUGAUUUAGCCCCACCUCCAGGGACCUCCAGUGGUGAGGUAGUGGUGUUGGAGGUACGUGGAGGUCGACCAUACCUCCUCCUCGACCUAGGUGGAGGUCCUGUCACCCUCGCCCUCACGGCCUCCUAUUCACUCGCCGACUCAGCCUGGCACAGAAUCGACCUCAUAUGGAAGGAUGAGCUGGUAGAGAUGAUCGUGGACUUGUGCUCGGGUGGCAGCAUCGAUGGCCCGCCCACACCACCCACCAGGCCCGCCCACAACCAGUCAGCCCCGCCUAUACCACCCCCGCCCAUCCCACCCGACGCCCAUACGUGUAGAGGGGCGGCCAGAUUACCCAGGGCCGCCCGCGUCCUCAACACGCCCCAGCCGCUACAGGUGGGCGGGCUGGCGCAUCCUCCCCCCGCCCACACUGUGUACGGGUGGCCAGAACCGCCCACCGCCCGCCCACUACACGGCUGCGUCAGGAACCUACGAGUGAACGGAGAGUUAAUGGACCUAGGUGAUGGCCUCCUCAGUAAGAACAGUUCACCAGGCUCAGCUGUUGAUGUUGACUGUACCUCCACCGGCCUCCACUGUGGCCUCCACGCUAGGUGA